UGACCUGCAGGUCUCCAGAUUUGGAUGAUAUCAGGGAGUGCAGGACAGGUGGAUGUGGGCAGCCCUGGGCAAAAAUUUCUGCUACACUGUCUCCAGUCACCAGCCCCCAAGCCUGGAGAGUUGCAAAAUAGUGUAAUACGCAUAUUUGAACAGCAGGUGGAAGUGUUUUCACAAAAUUAAUUUAUGUUUAAACCCGGGGUGCACGACUUCGGUACUGGAAGGCACGUGUGCAUGCUGGUUUUUGUUACAACCAAGGACCUUUGUUUUAUUUUUCUGACAGCUCUAUAAACUACAUUGGUUCACUGCUGUACUUGAACACAGUCAAAUUUUUAGGAUACACUUGCAGUCUGCGGCUGUAGCUGGUGCAUAUACAAAUGGCAGAUCAAUAUGUGAUUGAGUUAAUUAAAUAAUUAAGAGCAGAAGUUAGCACAAAAUCCUGAAGCGGAUUGGCCGUUGCAGUGCACCCUGAUUUAAACAAAGAGACAUGUGAAAAGGGGGAACACAAGUACACCACACACAGGCUGUGAGAUUACUCUCUGUGGUCUGAAUAAAUAUUGACAGGCACACACAGGGAGGAGAAGGGAGACACGUUGACACACCCCUCAGGUAAUGAGAGAGCAGAACUCUCAGCCACACCCACUGGGGGCGGAGAUGCAAGAUGAAAGGUGUGAAGGCAAGAGAGUCCUGUGUGGACAGGUACAGUGAGAUCUCUCACAGACCUCUGCUUCGCUCGGCGUGUCUCCUUCCUGCUGCUUACCCGCUGUAGGCCCAGGUCUGUCUGCUCACAGCUGGGGUUAAGCUUUCAUUCUUCUGCUGUGGCCUGGAACGGCCAGAGAUGCAUCACAGUACCCAAAGUACAGUAAUGGAGGGUAUGCUUGCUGGCACAGUAACGCUGGGAGUGUGUAAGUCCACCUGCGACCUCCUCUCUCUGCCCACUGUUGGGGAAUCACUCAACUCUGUCUGCUUCUGCUGCGGGUGCCUGCUCAUCUUCACUGACCUGACUGUCACAGCUUUCCUGGCUUUGCUCUGGUUGGCUGAGCCCUGGCUGCACCUGUUUCCUGUGCCCAGUGAUGUCAUCACCCUGCGCUUCCUGCUGUUUCUCGGCCACACCUACGGGGCGGCGCUGCUGCUGACUGUUCUGCUCAUUGCCAUGGAGACGGCUUGUAAGCUUCUCCUGGCUGGGAGAAGUCGGGUGGACAGAGGGGGGCCUGGAGGCACAGGAAACGAGGUGUGGAGAGAGGGUGGAGGGUCGGAGACAGGGGGAGGGGAUGCGGGCGCGGGGGAGAGAGCAGAGGCCGUGCGACUGUUCUCGCCCGUCCCAGGGUUCCUCUGCAGCCUGCUGGCCUGGGCGCUCUGCGGCGUCUGGGCCGGGCGCCGCUACCUGAUGGAGCAGCUGCGCGCCGAGGCCUGCGUCCUGAGGACCGCCUCCCUCUCCCCGUGCCUCCCUGACCUGGCCUCCAUCACCCUCUCGGCGUGCAGCGACCCCUUCAUCACGCUGCCCGCCUUCAUCCUCCUCCUCGCCCUGCCCGUGGGUCUGAGCCUCGGGAGAGGACGAACCAGCGGACGGGCCGGCCCACGGACGCCGCGUCCAAUGCCAUGGGCCGCCAUCGACGAGAAAGCGCCGCACGUGGUGGGCGUGCAGCCCCGCGGUCCUCAGGCCACGCCCGCCCUCGCCGCCACCGUCGCCCACCCCCCCUGCCUCUCCGCAGAAUUAGACUGGGAACAAAGUCCGAAAGCGAUAUGCUGCGGAAGAGUAAACACGCAGAUGCCCUCUGACCCCGGGCAGCGAACCGCGACUACGCACACACACCCUGCGAGCAGACACUCGGCACUCUGGGAACGGCUCUCAGGGGCGCUGUGCGGGCCAGCCGGGCCCCAGACACACACACGCUCCUCCUGCAGGACUCUGGGGGUGAGCCUGCUGGCUGGGCUGCUCUGUGCUGCAGCACUUUACCUGCUGCCCCCCUGCCUGGCAGUCAACCCCAUACUGAUCAGCAGCGUGGGCUCACUGGCUGAGAGAAGCCUGAAGCAUUAAUUACGCUCUGCUCUGUCUCUCUCAUAUAAACAUACAAACAUAUAUACACACACACACACACACACACACAUACAGUAUAAACACACACACACACACAAACAUAUAAACAUACAAACUUACACACACACACACACACACACACACAUACAGUAUAAACACACACACACACAAACAUAUAAACAUAUAAACAUACACACACACACACACACAAACAUAUAAACAUAUACCCCCCCCCCACACACACACACAAACAUAUAAACAUGUACCCCUCACACACACGCACACACCCACACACACACAUAUAAACAUAUAUCUCCACACACACACAAACAUAUAAGCAUAUACCUGCACAACCAAA